AUGGCCCUGCGGGGCUGCCUUGAAGGGCCUUGGAGGGCUUUGCCAACUGAUGUACAAACUCUGCCAGAGCUGUACGUGCCGCGCCCCUAUGGAGCUGCUGGGUCCGAGCUGCUGGCCGGCCCGGCGCUGCCCCGGCCGCGGGUGGACCUGGUGGCGGUGAAGCAUCUGGCGCUAACUCACUCGGGGGACUCUGUAUGUUUUCCUCCGAAACAACGGGGAGCCGGACUCGAGCUUCCCGUCCGCAAAAGGGAGAGCGCGGCAGUAAUCGUGCCGCUCUUCGCCAGCCUCGUCCGGGUUACGGUGACGGUCCCUCAGUGUGGCGUCUCCAGGCACGCCGACGAAGCGUUUGACGGGGAAGGAAAAGUGAAACGGCUCCGCUGCAGGAGGCGGCGAUCUGCCCGUGGAGUAUGCAAAUACGUUUCUGACCAGGUGUCUCUCUCUCUCUCUCUCUCUCUCCCUCUCUCUCUGUCCCUUCUUUCUUCCCCCAGGUACGACCGGUUGCUGCGGAUCCGCGCUCUCAGGUGGGAGUAUGGCAGCGUCCUGCCAAACGCCAUCCAGUUUCACAUGUCAGCGGAGGAAGUGGAGUGGUUCAACCGGUACAAAAAAUCUCUGGCCACCUACAUGAGGUCAGUAGGCGGAGAGGAGGGGCUGGACCUUACGCAGGACAUAAAGCCUCCUAAAAGCCUGUACAUCGAAGUGCGGUGCUUAAAAGACUACGGCGAAUUUGAGAUUGAUGAUGGCACCACCGUCCUGCUGCAGAAAUAGCCAGGUACGAAAUACAACCGAGCGGGGUCCUAAACCCUUUCCUGCUCCUUCUCUUCCCCUGCGCUCCUGUGACGCUCCCCUGCUCAUCCCAGCUUCGCAGCACGUUGCAGUUGCUGCACCCAGCGCCUCGCACGCGCUGCAAGCCGCCUGCGUGCCCCAGGACCGCUGUUUGACCUCGUACUGCUACACACGGCGGUGCAGCACAGAGCAGGCCGCCUGCAGCAACGCAUCCAGGCGGCCUGGGUCUCAGGGAAAGUUUGUCUGUGUUCUUGUGCAGCAUUUUUUACCCCGCUGGAAAUGCGAGCAGUUAAUCAGACAAGGAGUCCUGGAGCACGUCCUGUCGUAAGCGUUCAGGACCGGAGGGACAGCCCUUCCCUGGCGGCCUGUCCCCAGCAGGGAGCGGGCGCUGCAGGACUUCAGCCAGGUCAAGGCUCCGGCACAGAGCGCCCUGUAGCUCCUCUUAGUAGCCUCUGAUACCUGACACGAAGAUCACCUCAGAGCCUGUAAAGUAUUUAAGCCACGCUGGCCAGCCCUUCGUGACCGAAGGGUACACGCAGCGAGCCUGGGGCUCCAGCCCGGGCGCGCGGUCUUAUCCAGCCCCUGCAACUACAAAUGGGUUUUGAGGGUUUUGUUUGAAGCAAUGCUUUGUUCACGCUGUGCACGUGGCAAUAAGAGACCAGCUGGGCUCUGGAAGCUGGGGGAACGCCACGGUUGUGAAAUAAAGAACUGCGUCAGCCUUCAGUUUAAACCCCUGGUUAAGCGUCAGCGUCGUAUCCGUUAAACGCUCUCUCCCUCCUGCCUCUCUGGCCCAGCUCGUCUUGACCCUGCAGGGUGAUGCUCAAGCUUUGGCUCCCGUCUCAAUGGAGACAGUCCCCCACGUGGCAGAUAAGACUGCAAGAGCUUCUUCCUGGGGUUAGACGGG